AACAUAAGUAUACCCAACAGCGCUGCUACAUUUCUUAAACAAAACUUGAAUUAAUUAGUUGUUACGGAUUGGUUUUUAAUUUGUUCAAAAACUAUCUUUUAUUUUAAAAUUUUUUUUUAGUUAACAUGGCUAAUGCAAGAAUAAACAACGAGAAGGAUAAUUUGACGUCAGUACUCUAUGGCGUUAGAGAUUUACGACUUGAACAACGGCCAAUACCAAAACCUGGACAUAAUGAAGUAUUAUUGAAGAUUCACCGUGUUGGAAUAUGUGGUUCAGAUGUUCACUAUUUAGUACAUGGAGCUAUAGGUCACUAUAUUGUUAAAGAACCAAUGGUUAUUGGCCAUGAAGCCAGUGGAGUUGUAGAGAAGCUUGGAGAAGGUGUUAAAAACCUCAAAGUCGGUGAUAGAGUGGCAAUUGAACCAGGUGUAUCAUGUCGUAUGUGCCAGUUUUGCAAGAUAGGUUCAUACAAUUUAUGUCCCGAAAUGAAAUUUUGUGCUACACCACCUAUAGAUGGAAAUUUGACUCGUUAUUAUGUCCAUGCUGCUGAUUUUUGUUAUAAAUUACCUGACCAUAUAUCUUUAGAAGAAGGUGCUCUAUUAGAACCACUUUCUGUUGGAGUUCAUGCUUGUAAAAGAGGAGGUGUUAAAGUUGGUUCUACAGUAUUAAUUUUAGGAGCUGGACCAAUUGGUUUAGUUACAUUAGUCACCGCAAAAGCUAUGGGAGCUACAAAAAUUUAUAUAACAGAUCUGACAGAAUUUCGAUUAAAUGUAGCCAAAGAAAUGGGUGCUUACAAAGCAAUCAGAAUAAAUAGAGGAGAUUCAGACGAGCAAGCAAUAGAAAAUGUAAGAAAUGAAAUUGAUGACGAACUUCCAGAUGUUACUAUCGACUGUAGUGGUUUUCAACAAACAAUUAAAAUGGGAAUGGAGUUAACAAAAUCUGGAGGAGUAUUAACAAUUGUUGGCAUGGGGGCAUCAAGCAAUGUUCAAUUGCCAUUAUUCAAUGCAUUAUCUCGAGAAGUAGACAUCAGAGGAGUUUUUCGCUAUGCCAAUGAUUACCAAGAUGCAUUGGCUUUAAUAGCCACAGGACAAAUAAACAUGAAGCCAUUAAUCACUCAUAAUUUUAAAAUUGAAGAAUCAUUGGAAGCUUUUAAAACAGCUGAAACUGGUGUUGGUAAUGCAAUUAAAGUUAUGAUACACUGUAAUUAG